GCAGUGAUAUCUGUGAGUCUCUUAACCCCGAUGCAGGCAGUGAUAUCUGUGAGUCUCAUAACCCCGAUGCAGGCAGUGAUAUCUGUGAGUCUCAUAACCCCGAUGCAGGCAGUGAUAUCUGUGAGUCUCAUAACCCCGAUGCAGGCUGUGAUAUCUGUGAGUCUCAUAACCCCGAUGCAGGCUGUGAUAUCUGUGAGUCUCAUAACCCCGAUGCAGGCAGUGAUAUCUGUGAGUCUCAUAACCCCGAUGCAGGCUGUGAUAUCUGUGAGUCUCAUAACCCCGAUGCAGGCAGUGAUAUCUGUGAGUCUCAUAACCCCGAUGCAGGCAGUGAUAUCUGUGAGUCUCUUAACCCCGAUGCAGGCUGUGAUAUCUGUGAGUCUCUUAACCCCGAUGCAGGCUGUGAUAUCUGUGAGUCUCUUAACCCCGAUGCAGGCAGUGAUAUCUGUGAGUCUCUUAACCCCAAUGCAGGCAGUGAUAUCUGUGAGUCUCUUAACCCCGAUGCAGGCAGUGAUAUCUGUGAGUCUCUUAACCCCGAUGCAGGCAGUGAUAUCUGUGAGUCUCUUAACCCCGAUGCAGGCAGUGAUAUCUGUGAGUCUCUUAACCCCGAUGCAGGCCCCGAUGCAGGCAGUGAUAUCUGUGAGUCUCUUAACCCCGAUGCAGGCUGUGAUAUCUGUGAGUCUCUUAACCCCGAUGCAGGCAGUGAUAUCUGUGAGUCUCUUAACCCCGAUGCAGGCAGUGAUAUCUGUGAGUCUCAUAACCCCGAUGCAGGCAGUGAUAUCUGUGAGUCUCAUAACCCCGAUGCAGGCAGUGAUAUCUGUGAGUCUCAUAACCCCGAUGCAGGCAGUGAUAUCUGUGAGUCUCUUAACCCCGAUGCAG